AUGCAUACUAAAGAAGAUUUAAAAUAUAUCGUGAUUUUUACACUCAUAAAGAACCAACAACAACUUGUUUUUCUACACAACACUAUGCUAUUCACCAGCAGCAAUACCACUCGUGUAUCAUGGAUUAUCUUUACUGUGAUUGCCAUCCAAAUAGCGCAAGUAAUAUCGGCUUAUACAGAUGUUCCUCCUCCACCAAAUCGACCUGAACGGUUUCAUUCUCGCGAAGAACUCAAACGUUAUUUACAGCUCGUCCAUGAAUAUUACGCAAUCAUCGGUCGACCACGUUUUGGCCGCUCUCUGUCCAGCAAAUAUAUCGACGCGCAGGAUAGACAACUGUUUGAUUUCUUCGAUGUCAAUGGUGAUAACUCCAUAGCACCUGAUGAAUUUUACCAACGACUCGAGAAUAUCUAG